AUGUUAAAAGACUUUGAAUAUUUAUCAAUUAGAUAUAAAGAUGAAAAGUUAGAGAUAUUGGAUCAAAGAAGAUUACCAGAUAUUGAAGAAUGGAUGGAGAGCAAGACACCAGAGGACAUGAUUACAUAUAUUAAGCAGUUGUCGGUACGUGGUGCACCGUUGAUUGGUGUUGCGGCAUCGGUUGCUUUAUUUGUAUAUGUUCGCGAUCAUCCUGACGCGGAUCGCAAGACGAUUGUAGAGGUGAGCGAUCAGUUGCGUAAUGCAAGACCGACCGCUGUCAACCUCAUGAACAACAUUGACACGAUGAUUCAACUAUCGCAACCCGAUCAAGACAAGAGAGAUUAUAGUGCCGAGAAGAUGGCCGAGUUGGCAUACUCGAUCGUAGAGGCAGAGGUUGAGAUGUGUCGUCGCAUGUCAGAGUUUGGUGCAGAGUUGGUUCAACAAGGCGAGGGUAUCUUGACACACUGCAACACUGGUGGUGUAGCAACACCGGGUAUGGGAACGGCAUUGGGUGUCAUCAGAGCUGCCCAUCGUGCCGGUAAACAAAUUCAUGUCUAUGUAGACGAGACACGUCCACUACUUCAAGGUGGUCGAUUGACCACCUAUGAACUCGAAAGAGAGCAGAUCCCAUACACACUCAUCUGCGAUAAUAUGGCAGCUACAUUGAUGGCUGCUGGAAAGAUCCAACGUGUGUUGGUAGGUGCCGAUCGUAUCGCUAGAAACGGUGAUUUUGCCAACAAGAUUGGUACCUAUAGUGUUGCCGUACUCGCCAAAUACCAUAAUAUCCCAUUCCACGGUGUCGCACCGUGGUCGACGGUCGAUCCUGCCUGUCCAUCGGGCAAACACAUACCCAUCGAACAAAGAGCACCUCAAGAGGUCCAAGGUGCAUCUGGCGCAUUUGGAAGUGUCAGAUGGGCUCCAAAAGAUUCUCAAACUUUUAAUCCCGCUUUUGAUGUUACUCCCAACUCCCUCAUCACCAGUUUAAUCCUCGAUACCGGUGUCUACGAUUGUCAAUCUUUUGAAAAAUAUGUUGAACAAAUAAAAGGAAACUUGUCCUAA